AUGGCUUCUCCGUCUCCCGAUGCGUCGGGCAAGAGCACCGUCUCGCUUCCCACCUCAACCUUUGCCGUCGUAAUCGUCUCGACGGUGGUUCUCACAGUCGUCGUGGUCGCAGCAACGCUGGCGUUGUUUUUACGGAUCCGGAAACGCAGAAACUUGCCAGUCUCCUCCCUGGACGGCUCCAAGUCGGCCCUCCCCGAGCGAGAGAGCCUGCUUGGAACCCCCGCCGGUCUCAAUCCUCGCUGGCUUACGGCCUCGGGCAACUGGUCCUCCCGGACCGCCGCCCGUGCCAAUGGGCCAGCAGAAGGACUCGCCAGCGGACCACCAAGCAGCGCCGUUGCAUCGUCGCCCUUCCAUGAGCCGCAAUCCUCGUCCGUGGGCUACUCGAUGCUCGCAAGCCAGCCCAUCAUCCAGCCCCGCAAGGAUUCACUGCCGUAUGUCGACUCGGAAGGCUCCUCGGUCGUCUCGGCCCCAUCCAACGCUCUCGACUACUCGGCUUUGUCCCAGGUCUCUCGUCAAUCCCGUCCCUCGACCGCAUCGUCCAGCCUGCCGUCGCGCUCGCCGCUCUCGGUCUGGCCGCCACCGCCCAUGUCGGCUUCGGCUCCGGCAGCGUCGUCGCUGGGCCUUGCACUUGACAACCGCCGCCAGACCGAUUUCCUGGCCGAUGCACCUCGGUACCAGCCCGUCCAGAAUGCAUCCGAGCUUCCCCAAGGCCUGCCCGGCUCUCGAAUCCCACCCAUACGUCCUCCCCCGAUCCGCACCAUCCCCAACCCGCCUGCGACUGCUGGUCCGCCACGCUCUGCUCCUCGCCUUGACGCAGCGUCCCCGCCGCUGGCAGACUCCCCAUUCGCCAAGUCUCCAAGCCGGUUCCUGCUGAGGCCCAUCGGCCCACCGCCUCAGUCGCCUUUGCCACCCAUACCGGACGAUUCAGAAGAGCCCCGCAACCGCGAACUCAGUCCCGUCCAGCCCAGCUCCAACGGCGCACCGUUCUCGAUCUUCAGCAGCCUGGAGCGGCUCUUUGACCGGCGACGUCAUGCACCGACUCCCGAACCCGAAAGCGUCCCGGAUGUCUAUUAUCAAGUCAAUAACCCUGCUGCAAAUGCCAACGCCUUGGUGACCAUCCACCCCAUCAAUGUCUCGACGACAGGACCGGCCAAGCGCAUGUACCCGCCCCGCAAUUCGUCCAUCGGGAAGACGCUCGAGGACUCGGACGACAGCGCCCAGCUUGCUCCUCCGGACGCCCCUGCCCUGCCUCCGGGCUCUCUCAAUCCCACCGCCGGAUCCCUGUCGGACUCGGCCAGUGCCUCCAGUUCCAACUCAAGUCCCGGUGCUGGCACCAAUCUCAGUCCAAAGGAUAGCCCGACUACCAGCCAGAUCCCAUCUGCUACCACCACCACCACCGCCACCACCACCGCCAACCCAGAUCCGCUCCGGCGCGCCAAGGACAGCUCGCUCUACGACUCGUAUCCCUUGGAUGCUGUUCCCAGAUCCAGCUCAUACGAAGAAGCGCAGCGGAUACGGCAGCAAAUCGCCGACAUCACCGCUCUCGUCGAGAAGAUGGAAAAGCGAAAGACAAACCCGGUGGGACGCGGAGACCAGCCUCGUCCCAAGCUUCUGCUCUCGCUCGAGGAGAACGAUGCCGAGGCUCCCACAACAACCGACAGCACCACCAGCACCGCCAGCACAGUCAGCGGACGGGCCGGAACCAAGGCCACAAAGAGCAACGGAAAGCCGCUCAAGUCUGCCCUGCGAAAGAAGCCCAUCCCACCCGAACCCCGGACGCCGUCCUCGGCCAGAGACACAGCGCCAUGGACCAGAGACACUCCAACAUCGGCCGAUGCCACAUCCGUCAUUGGUGGCCCAUGGACGCCGACCCCAGAGCUGCUGAAGCUGCCGCCGCUCGAGCCUGUCGCGACGGAUCGGUCGUCGGAAACCUCAUCGGACCUCAACAACCUGGCCCAGCUCUCGAUUAUUGCCUCGGAGCAAAUGUCGGCCGAUGUAGGCGCAUCCUCUCUUCCUCUGGCAGCAACAGCACCAUGA